AGACUUUGACCCCAUGAGCUGGGUCUUUCGGAGUCUCACACCGAUAAAGAGACAUAUGAUGGUUUCAUUACCAUCUCGGAAGCUGAAAUGCAGUACCCUUGGACCCAAGCCGUGAAAUCGCGGUUAACCAGGGUAGCUUAUCGAUAAUUUGACCUCACUCAAAUCAUCAACCCACCAUCGACCGAUGAACGAUGCUCCUGAGCGAGAGCCUAUCUACUUCAACACAGAGUCAACAUACAUUCAUCCAGCGCAUCCGCGAACUCCAUGGCCGCCCAAGUCCCUGUUCAACUUCCAGGCCCGCAUUUACAAGGCGGCAAGCGGAAAUUUCUCAGCGACAGCGAUGGAGUCUCCCUCAAGAAGCGGCGGCUGUCGUCUCCUCAAACAGAGACCCAGACACCAAAUCGGGCGCACAACUCGACGCCGGGGACUAGUUCGUACAACAAAGUCUACAGCUCGCUGGUCGCGAAGCUCAGUCACAAAUUCGAAGUCAAGACCAUGUCAGUAAUGCUGUCGACCAGCAUCAGCAGCCAUGUCGACCGGGCUCUCGAGCACCUCGGACGCUUCAGCCCGUGGGAUCAGACCGUCCUUCCGGGGGUCGUUCUCUUAUGUGCCAAAUCAGCAGCGGCCGGCAAGCUUACCACAAUAGCGGAGCUCAUCCGACGACGCAUAGGCGAGAGCGAGCAGAAAUGGUUUCAGUACAACAUCAUGAACGAGGUCGUGCUGGAAGAGGAGAAUCUGGCCGUGGACGAACCAUCAGUGGUUGAGGACACAUUCAUGCCGGGCGACCGGGAGCGCGACGAAGCCGGAGACGACGAAUAUUUUGAGACGAAACUGUCGACCAUCCACGAGCAAGCGGUCCACCCGUCGAAGGUCAGAUACAUUGUGCACCUGUCGGUUCUGCUCUCCCGGUUACCACUGGACCAGUUGAAAACGGAACCCUACAUUUCUCUGCAGACGAAUGAGCAGAGGAUCGAGUACUUGCGGAAGAAGAAGAUGGGCUUGGCCGGCUAGGGUUUUCUGUAUUCGAUCCUGCAGUUCAGCAGGGUUUUUUUGAGUUACACAAGAACGAGCAGGGUCAUAGAAGAGCGCAGAGACAGAAGUUUUCAGGGUCAGAGAAAAGCGCUGGUUCAGCGAAGGAGUCCUCUCGGAACUUGACAGGGGGAGAUAGGACCUGAACAUUACCAUGAUACCCAACAGAUUCUAGACCGCAGGGUGUCUGCUUAUACAGCCUACAAUAUUGUUUCCGGAUGCCCUCCACGACCAGUCUGUGACACCAGGCUACGAGACCUCAAAGUGUUCAAGAAUGAUUCCAUG